UUUGAUAAUAAUUUUCGUUAUACACAUUUUGCCGUAAGUUAAUAGCAAAACAAAAUAUUUAAAAUCGUAUCGUUAUGCGUAAAAUGGAUGGCGGAGAAAAGUAACAUAUAUUUAUAUUCAUGUAUAUGUUUAGAAAAAUCAUACAUUAUCCUAAGUAGACUAAACAGUUGGCAUCACGAUGUCUUUCAUAACGAAAAGGGAGCGUGUGUUCAACGAAUACAAUCUGUACGACUUACCGGCGCGGAACGAGGGCAAGCUGAAGGCGUACGCGUCAUGCACGGACGCGAGAGCCUGGUCCCACUUCUGCUCUGACAAGAGCGAACACUUGGUGGAAAUUAUAAAGAGGAACAACGAGACGGUCCGCCCCAAGUAUCUACCAACAAACGUGAUCGUUGACACUCUCAUGGUGGCGAAGAACGCGGAGAUCGCACGCUUGAAGCGCAAGAUAGAAGGCUUCGAGCAAAUGUUGGCCGCGUACGAACAACUCGACCUCUCGUGUGAUCAGAGAUGUGAGAUCGCUCAAGCCCAUGCAGCAAUAAAGGCGGCCAACAAAGAACUCGACGAAUUGUAUUUGGAUUUGGACUUGUCUGGUUUUACGGGAGAGGGCGUUGAUUCAGAAGGUUUUCAGACCGGAAAAUCAAGAGGCGAUGAGAGCACCUUCGAGGAGACUUUGCUUCCAAUAAGUAACCAGCGGUACGAACCACGCAUGGACCAGCGCAUGGAACAACGCACGACACCACGCAUGACACCACGCACGGACCCACGCAUGGACACACGCACGGACACACGAAUGGAACAAAGCAUGACACCACGCACGGAGCCACGCCUGAGCACACGCAUGGAACCACGCCUGAGCACACGCACGGAUCCACGCACGGAUCCACGCACGGAUCCACGCACGGAUCCACGCAUGGAUCCACGAACGGACACACGCAUGGACACACGCAUGGAACCACGCCUGAGCACACGCACGGAUCCACGCACGGAUCCACGCAUGGACACACGCAUGGACACACGCAUGGAACCACGCACGGACACACACAUGGAACCACGCAUGGAACAACGAAUGGAGCCACGUACGGGACAACGCAUGGAAUCACCAAAACCAGUAAAAGAGUCUAAGGCCAUUCAAAAUGAUGUGAAAUGCGCUUGUGAUGCUGCUACACUCGUCAACAAUACAGGAUAUGACGAAAUGAAAGACACAAUUAUUGCGAAAGAUGCUAAACUAAGCGCCAUGAAAAAUACCAUAGCUGUCAUGGAAAACGAUGUUUGCGAGCCCUACUGCUAUUAUGCACAUAUAUAUACAGCAUUAGAGAAAAUAUUUGGCAUUCUUUGUCAAAACGAUAAGUACAGGCAGUAUCUGAAAUUAUUGACUGCCGGAAAGGACACUCGCUGCAUUGAUAUCAAGGGACACAUACUUUUCAAGCUAAAAGUCUUGGAAAAAUUCUGCUGUGCAUUAAUAGCGCCUUGCACCCAAGACUUCGUUUCUCAUGGGACUGUACAUAAAGACGACUGUGCCUGCUAUCGAGUAGAUUUAGUAUCCCGCGUUGAACCAACUUAUGCUCUGACAACGGCUGAAGCAAAUCAACCAAGUCUUGAUAACAAGAGAGCACACCUUGUAGCAGACAUCAUAAAGAAUGACGAAAUGAAAGAAAUUUUAGAUAAAGAUGACGAAGAAUAUAAGCUCGAAGAUGAACAAACUGAUGAUGUUUUUGUCAUAGAUAACUACAACAUAGAUGGAGAGAACCUUAAACGCCUUAAAAGACUACAAGAGAAUUAUGAUGAUUUGAUGACCUGCUAUGAAGCAAUCAAACACGAAAAAGACUGUUUAGAAAUACGUUGUAAAAAGUACGAAGAAGUAGAAAAGGAAUUUGAAACUUUGAAAGCUCAAAUGAGGGAAUAUAAUUCACUUUGGAAUGAAAAAGAACAUUACAGGAAGCGAUCUAUUGAUCUUGAUUCUUUGAAAGAACAAUACCUCAUAUUAUCUGAUGAAACAUCUAGUUUAGAGACCCAACUUAAAGCCGAAACAGAAAUUAAUCACAUUAAAUGUAAAGCAAUGGAAGGCUUAAGGAAUGAAAAUAUUAUGUUAGAAAAGAAAUUGAACGAAGCCUCCAUUGCUUUUGAAAAGGAAAAGAAUGCAUUACUGUGCAAGUUAAAGGAAGCCGACUGCAGAGUUAUAUGCCAGGGGCAACAAAUAAAAAAUCUUAACCAACAAAUUGAUAAACUCAUAGAACAAGAUCGUGACAAAUUAGAUUUAUCAAUGCCGGAUGCAGAUAUGCAUUCGGUUGCAUUUUAUGAUGAAAUUGAGUCUACUAAGGAACAAAUAAAGAAUUUGAAGGAUGCGCUUCUGUGUAAUGAAGAAGAAAAACAAGAGAUACAGAAGGAGUAUCAAGAGCACUUAUUGCUUAUCAAUAACCUCAGACUAGAGGUAGAAGAUUGGAAAAAUACAUAUGAUAAAACACUACAACGCAACUCCAAUUUGGAAAAGUAUACUGAAAGGUUAAUAGAAGAGAAUUCACGUUUAUCCCAAGACGUUGAAGAAAAGUCGACAGCCGUUGAGAAUUUAAUGAAAAUAAUUAAUAAUAAAUCACAGGAAAUCAAUAAGUUAGUGCAUGAAAUGGAGAAAAAGAAAUAUGAAACCACGGAUUUAUGCAGGCAACUCAAUGAUUUACGUGAACGAUUCGACUUGAGCCUAAUGUCUUCAGAAAGCGAAAAAUUAGAUGCUAUAAAAUCUUUACAGAUAGCCCGACAAGAAAGUCAGGAGCUAUUAGAAAAAGUAAAAGAUUACGAUCAGGUCAUUCACAAAAAUGCUGAUUUUAUAAAGUCUUUAGAACUUCAGGUAGAAGAUAAUAGGGACCUUCAAAAUUUGCUUAUGAGUACUAUGGAGGAAAAUAGAACUUUGAAAUUAAACUUAGAGGACCGUGAAAAUGCGAAUUCAAUUUUACUGCAAGAAAUUCAGAGAUUGCGUAAAGUUAAUGAAUAUAGCGCUGAUAAUAUAAGCAGUUUACGAGAAGAAAAUGAUCACUAUAAAAUGUCUUUAGAACUAAAUCAAACAGAAAGUGGCGAGCUUAGAGACAAAUUAAUGAACUACGAUAAUGUUAAUAUUCAGUUAAAAACUUUGCAAGGAUCGCAUACAAGAUUAUUAGAAGAAAAGAAGAGACUUGAAAAUGAGUUACUUGCGAAAGCCAGUGAACUCGAAAAUGCACAACAUUCUAUGUUAUUAGAUAAAAGGGAGAGUGAUGAUUUAAUAACCAGACUACAACGAUCUGAAGGAUCAAAAGAUGAUGAACUAUAUAAGAUGAGUGAAGCUUAUCAUAUAGCAAAUAGUGAAAAACGAGCUGCUAAAAAUGAAUUAGAGGAAAAGAAUAGAUACAUAGAAAGUAUAUUACAAACUGUUAAUAGUUUGAAGCAUCAAAAUGCUGAGUUGUUACAAAAAUGCAACGACGCGGAAGAACUAGAACAAAACUUAAUAUCUUUAAAGAAAGCUUAUAGUGAAUUGGCAACAGAAAUGAAUACGUUACAAAAUGAUUUUGACAUAAAGACAGACGAAUACACUCAAUUAUAUAAUACUUUAGAAAGCAAAAUUGAAGAGAACCGAGACUUGUUCGAAAGGGUAAGACUUUUAGAGCGGAGCCAAGAAAUGGCCACAAAUGAUAUAAAAGCUUUGCAAGAUGAGAAAUAUUCGAUUCAAGCCAAAGCUAAUGUAAUAGAACAGGAAAGCGCGGUACUGAUAAGCAAAAUUAAACAUUAUGAAAAUUUAGAGUUAGAAUUUGAUAAACUAAAAAGAGCUCACGAUGAAAUGAGGGUUGAAAAAGAAACUUUACAAAGCGAACUCAACAUGCAGUUGGCUGACUUGAGAAGGAUGGAACAAGAAAAUUGUGAAUUACACAGUCAUAGUCAAACAUUAUUAAGUCAUAGUGAAGACUUGGAAAAUGCUUUGAUAGGGGCUAGAACUGAGCUGAUCCGAAAGUCCAGUUAUACAGUUAAUUCUUAUAAAGAUAUUAUGGCAGAAAUCGAAGCCAUGAAAAACGAAAAAGUUUCGAAUCAGAUAAAGAUACGGGAUCUUCGUGAUAGAUUGGAGGAAUCUGAAAACAUUAUUUCUAAAUUAUCCGAAGACAUUCUCGCACGAGACGACAAAAUAGCAACUUUACAAAACCACAUUAAUAACUUGGAAGAGGAAGUCAGAAGGCUCCACGCCGGCUUGUCUGAAGCUAUCGAUACUGGUGAACAAAUGAACGAUUUUAGUUUCCAGAAAAUUGAUUCCUUGAGAAAUAUGGAGGCCCAUCACUCCAAGGCAACGCAUAACAUGAAAAUGGAACUAGCAAAACUGCAACAAGAGAACUCCAUGCUUUCUGAACAAUUAUCUGUGACUAGAAUAAAGUCAGAGGAGUGUUCCCGAGAGGAACAUAAAUAUGUGUCAAAAAUAAUGCAAUUACAAAAUGAGAAAGAAAUUAUUGUCACAGAUAUUAAGCAAUUGGAGCUGACAAGCGUUGGCGACAGUGCCUUAGCGCCAAAUAACUGUGAUGUUGAAGACAUCUUAGCGUCCCUCGAUAGAAUCAGGAGAUGUCUAGAUGCCAGAUGCCAGACAUUGCUACAAGUUCAAACAUCUUCUCAAUUGCUUUUGAGUAAAGCAGAUGAAGCGAAAAAAAUAGUUGAAAGAGAAAAACAAAAAAUUAUAUCUGAAAAAGAAGAAGCAAUAAAAGAUAAGCAAAACAUGGAACAACAAUUAUACGAUCUUAAAGAUAAGUUAGAAAAGCAAAUUGCUAACGACAGAGAAGUUAUUAUUGACCUAGAAGCAACUAUGCAAAAUCAAAAACUAGUUUAUGACAGUUGUAUUCAAUCAAGAACGGCUUACAUUUCUAAAUUGGAAGAAGAACUAGAAAAUCUUAAGGAUGUUUACCAAAAAUCUUUUGAAAAAAUUAAUGACUUACAAGAGAAGCUACAAAAUAUGAGUGAAGACAAGAACAAUUUAAUAAAAACAAUGAAUAAUGUUAGAGCAGAUCUGGAAGCAAAAUCUCAAGAAGUGAAUGAAUUGCAAAAAGAAUUUGAGGCAUUGAAGAACAAGCCUAGCCGCAAUAUGGGAGUUCAGGCUCAGACCUCUGACGAUCACCGAAAUAUGGGAACUCAGAUAGAUAAAGAUUAUUUUAUUGAUGAAGACAAAAAGUUUUACGUUGAUUCAGGUGUAAUGAUGAAUGAAACAAAAGAUCAGUAUGUUGAUCAAAUGGAUAGUUUACAUCUGAUGUCACUUCGAUCACCUUUAGAUAAAAAACAAAAAGAACCUGAAGGCAUAACCCAAGCACAGCAUUUAAUUAAUGAAGUACAAGUAUUAGCCGCAAAUGUAGAACCAACAUUUGAAGUAUUUAAAAGCAGUUACAUAGAUUAUAAAAUGAAACGUUUACGCCCAGGAAAAUUACAACAACUAUCUUUACCCCGUAUUUCGACUACUAGAGAAAAAUCAACUCAGGCUCAUAGAUCGGGCAAAAGAUAUUCAAAUGCGAAAACGCAAAGCAAUAAUUUGAUAGAUAUUUAUAAUCGGCAGUCUAUGCAUACCAAUUCUUCAAAAGGUAAUGAGGAGUCGGAAAAUAAUGUUGGUGACAAAAAUCCAGGUCAGAGUCAAGGAAAGUCAACUGGAACUGGGUACCCCACAAGAGAAAGUUAUGAAACGGAUAGUAAUAUCAAACGAAAAUAUAAAGAUGCUAAAACGUUCGCUGGAUCUUCCUCAGAUAAAUCAACAGAUAAGGAUUUAUUUGUUAUAUACAACGAUAGCGAAAGUAGCUAUAAUAACAAUCCUGAAAAUAAUACCAAUAAUCCCAAAAAUAAAGGUAAAAAUAAAGGGGCAUGGUCAGGCAAGGGGCAUUCAGAAAUAGUAGUCGAAGCGGUAACAGUACACCCUACAAAAAAAGAGAAAAGCAUGGAUACAAAUCCUAAACAUCAAAUUGACCAAGAUUCUUAUAUUUUCCGAGAUAUAGAUGAAACCGCUGAGGAUGAUAGCGUAAAACACAAACUUAAAAUUAAUUUACCUCGAGUUGGAAUAGAAAGUCCAUCUGUAAUUACGUCUUCAGACGGUGACAAAAAAUCGUUAGACUCCUAUACUCUUGCGAUUUAUUCCUCACCAAAAAGACUUUCAGAUUCAGAUAUAAAAAUUAGUGAUGAUGUGGAUGGCAAAAAAAUUAGGCUUGGGACUCCUUCAUUACCAACAAUGUCUAAUGAUGAUAAUCAAUUCUUGGACUCUUAUAACUCAUUAGGAGUAGGCUCAGAAUUUGAUACUGUAAGACCAGGAUUGAUGAAAACAAAAGCCAUUGAAACUGACAGUGGAACAUCUAAACAAAAACAUUCUCAAGUAUUGAGGAAAAAUACCAAAACAUCAAAUCCUUUUGAGAGUGAAUCUCACCACAAACUUUCUAGAGUCGGGGCUGAUGUUCUUCUACUGAAAUCUGCAGAAAGGAAAAAGUCCCCUGAAAAAAGAGCAAGGCAAAACUUUGGACUAGAAUAUAUUUUGGACACCGUUCAAGGUGAAGUAGACCCUGAUGUUGUGAACUACUACGCAAAUAAAGACAUACGAAAAACUAGAAGUGACGAGAGAUUUAAUUUGGUAAAAAUAAGAGAAAAAUCUGAUUCAAGUCCUUCGAGGCUCAGCGAGCUUAAGAUGUCAUCUACGGAAUAUAAAACUAUUUCGACAGUCAGCAAAUACAGUGACAAAAGUCAACCAAAAUCCUAUGCUGAACGCAGCAUAAUGGCAAAGUUGGAUAUAAAUAAAGAUUAUGAAAAUAAAAUAACAUCUUUGACGAAGGCAUUGGAAAAUAUUGAAAAGGAUUAUAAGAAAAAAAUUGAAGCUAUAAAAGUACAAUACGAUAGUAAUAUCAAAAGCAUAAUUAAUGAACAUAAUCAAGGCGUAAAAAGCAUACAAAGUUUACAUGAAGAAACACUGCAGGAUAUAAUUAAACUGCACGAAAAUGAAGUCGAAAACCUUAGAACUAUGAGCAUUGAAGCCUUAAGGAAGGCUGAAAAGUUGGAAAAAGAAAACCGAGCUUUAAAAACCAAGGCUCUUGAUACAGUCACCGCAUGUCUGGAUGAGGAGCCUAUUAAAAUGCCGCCACAAGAGCCCAAAAAGCGAAAGAAAUGUCGAGAGGAGACCAAGAUGCUGACGAAGACCAGGGUGGAGGCGAUCAACGUGAGACCGAAGAUGCGAUCAAACGGGCCUUGUACUUGCUCCCUAGACGUAAACGUAUCGGACACUAUCCGCAACAUAUUCGAACAAGUUGACGUAGAGCAGCGAAAGAUGGCCGAACACACCUACAUGAAGUACAUAGCCAACAAGAUCGUAAACGGAAACGUUGAAGGACCUAUAAAGGUUGAUGGUCUUCAGGCAUUGGACGCACAAGAGUUGUCUUUCCUUCACCUAAAAGUCUGUCGCACUUGGAAAACGAAACUGUCGAAAGAGGAGGCGUUUCAGAAGAGAAUAGAUUCUUUUGAAAGCGAGCUGAUGACUAAACAAAGAAAUGCUCAACAACACAUAGCGGAACUAGACCGCAAGGUAGCAGAAGAAAGGCGUCGGUUACAAGAGGUGCGGGAAGCGGUAUGCAGGAGUAGUUCACCCGGGUCCAGAGGCUGCAGUCCUGUCGCCGGGCAAUACUCCCACCCGCCAGGCCCGACCAACACUGCCGCUGAGAAAGACCUUGCGUGUGGCUGCACCAUCCAGGGCUUCAAUAUGGAAGCGAGCAGCCGACAGUCUGCUGGGGACCUAGCCCCAAAGCAGAACAACCUCGAGCCGCGCACCCCGCGCCUGCGCAAAGAAAACAUCCGGGCGGACCUGGCAAGGCUGGACGUCGAAGAACGGCGGGAAAGGAAAUCCUACAACGAUGAGCCCCCAACCAGGUUACGCAGGUCGGGAGACCGACAACUGCCUCGCGCCAAUAAAAAGUGAAACACAUAAAAAUAGAAUUCGACAUUCUGCACACAACCUGUGACAGUACAGAAUGCCGAAUUCUCAACAAACACAAGGACUUGACGAAAGACCGGAAUAGCUUUAUCCUUCGGAAGGAUCCGUCACAUUUUGUAAGGACACUGCACUGGAAAAACUAAAAUGCUAUCGAAACGACAUGAUGAUAAAUCCUCAUCUCGAAUGUUCUUUUGAACUAGAAAACAUUUGUAUUUACAUACACGGCGUCGGUGUGCUGCUGUGAAUGUUUUGUAACAAAAUUUGUGAAGGGUUAUUUAUUUUUAUAUGUUUUUUAUUUAUAUAAUUUAUUACAUAUUUAUUCAACUUACGCGGGGGAUACGGUACAAAUUUUUAGUAAUAAAAUAUAAAAUGA